UUAAACAAGAUUUCGCGGCUUUUCCUGGUAACAUGCAUAAAUGGAUGUGGAACUGCCUUACUUUUGUCGGCUCCUAAAAGACCGCUCGUCGGACGAAAUCGACGGCCCCCAAGAAUGUCAACGAUUAUUGAACACGCUUAACCAUAAUUUAACGGAAGAGCAGCUUUCUUCGACGACGAUAGAUUCUUGCGUCGUUUACUUGUUCGAUAAAAGUUACGGUUUGCUGGAUUUUGUUGCGGACGUGGGCGCGCGCAAAGAAUUCAAUUCGUCGUCCACAAAAUGCCUGGAAAUCGUCCACACGCUCGUCAACAACUUUCCCCAAAAAGUCAGUCAACGCGUUGUCGACGUAAACGAGAAAUGCUUGAAGAUCAUACAGACGAACGUCGCCGCCAAUGUUAAAGUAAGGGCCUACGAUGUUCUUCUGGUCAGCUUCGAUAAAAUCGACGUGUGCGCCGAACAUCAAAAGUCUUACCUUAACAUAUUCGAGAGCGUUAAGAAUGCUGUGAUGUUAGACCAUCCUGCCACCGUGAGGCAAAAGGAACACGUUACCAUUGGUGUUUUUGUCAAAAGGUUCCCGUACCUAGUUGCCGAACCUGACCUAAUUAAAAACUACCUGGUGCGGCAGUUGGAUAAUGAGAUGGUAAGGAGGGAUUCUCCAGGGAACAUAUGCGCCAUAUUUACGGCAUUGGCAUGUUUCUGCGAGGGCUUUCCUUUAGACGCUGGUCUUUCGACUGACAAGACGAUCAUCGAAAAGCUGUAUGCUCACAUUCGCUGCCUGUCUGUCCCCAAGGGCAGCAUUAAAGUCGGAAACAGGGCCGCGCUCAAUUUUUUAAAAUCAAACAUGGCGACCUUUAUCGGUUUAAUGUUACCGAAGCACAUCGUCUGGCACAAGCGUCUGCUCGACUGGCUCGAGCUGGGGGCGGAGGACGUCAAAACGGGCGAGGCGACAUUAAGGGCGUACCUGUUCGCGGUGGCGGAGCACUCCAGCAAUGCGGACGUGCUGCUGCACUUCGUCAAAUGGAUGAGGCACGUUUUGAAAAAGGAGCAGGCGGGAGCGGCAGAAAAACGCCUCGUCCUCUCUGCUCUGAAGGUUUUCAGCGGCCCCCUGCACCAACAUCUGCCUCCCGAAGAGGCGAGAAACACAUUUUUGUUAAUCCGCCGCCAUUUUGAAGCCGCUUACGUCCUGCGUUGCGACGCCGACGCCGACGAUUGGGAGCACUUGCCCGAUUAUUUGCAGUGCGUCGCCGGUUUUAUAAGGUUUCAGAACGCCUCCGCUACGGACAUCCACUGCCUUCAGCGAGCGAUCGUGAACCUGUUUAAAACUUAUCCUAAACUGAAGCCUUUUCACCGUUCGCUCGCUAUCGAGGCUCUGGCGACCACCUUAUUCUACCUCAGGAAAACGGAUCAUUUCGAAUCCUUCUUGGAAAGCGCCAUAUACCAAGGGGUGAUUUGGUCGUGUUCGCAUCGACACGCCACGAAUGCCGUGGGCGUGACGGUGAAGGAUUAUUUCCCUCUGUGGAGGGGCGUAUUGAAAUUGACCGGCGAUCGGAGUCUCGAUCGGUACUCGAUCUUCCUCGACGACCGAAAAUACCUGGUCGUCCGUAUAAUCGAUCGCCUGAUCAAAACCUUGAUGAUGCUCGUCAACAAACUCGACGUGACGUUGGACGCGUGCCAAGACGUCGACGUCACAGAUAUAGGGACGCUCUACAAGGCGAGGAACCCUGACGACUACGCCGUUUUCCUGAACGUCGUCGACUUUUACUUGGAAAUCUUCGACGCGAUCGAACCGACGACGCUGACGCGUUGCGUCGCCAAAAUGGUCGACCAUUUCGUAGACAGGUGCCGUCGGCACCCGUUGGUCAGCGGGUUCUACAAACUGCUCGCGGCCGCUAUGAAAAUCGCGGACGCCCUCUCCGUCGUGGCCUUGGAACCGUCGCAGAAGUUGAGCGGGUUCGUCGUCGCGACAGCGCGAAAGGUUAAACGCUUCAAGGACGAGCUGCUCGUCGCCUGUCUCCAGGUUUUGCUCGCGACGCCCGCCAGCGUCGCCGAGCCCCUCCUCGAGCACUACGCGCCCGCUUUCGAGGUCAUCUUCAAGGGACACACCGCUUUGGCCGACUCCGCCGUCGACUGCCUGGAGCGUUGGCAGCGCUACGUCGAUCGCGACGUCUUCGACGACUUCCUCGUCCGGAUCGUUCACUAUCUAGACGGCUACUUGACGGGCAAGUCGCUGGCAAGCGUCGCGCAAACGGCGGGCGUCGGUCCCUCGCGCAAAACAUCUCGGGCGUUAAAAAAACGCUCCGUCCUCGUCGAACUCGAGCCGGAACUCGUCAAGUUUCAACAGAGGGCGCUCGCGUUUGUCGGCAGCCAAACGGAGCGAGUCUGUCGAGCGCUCGUCCGCCCCGAUCGCGUCCAGCGAAUGUCGCGAUGCGGUUCCGCUCGCUACCUGAAGGUGGCGCUUCCGUACGACGACGUCGCCGUGGUGGUUCACCUGGAGGCCCUCGUCGAGCGGGUCGCCGCACUGGCUCUGCACUCGACCGAUCGCAAGACCAAAAUAACCGCCUGCGAGGUGCUCCAGGCCAUAACCGUGACGCUCCUGGGAUACACCAAACAACUUACACCGACCGGCUUGUCGGACACGCAGGACCUGGUGGAAGAUGUCGCGUCCGCUUUGCUGUGCCUCGCAGGCGACGUCGACCCGGUCGUGCGCCAGCUAUUUGAGCCGCUGUUUUUGCAACUCGCUCACUGGUAUUCGGCGCCCCAGCAAUCGUCCAAUCCCCACGUAGCAGUCAUCCUCAACGUAUUAACAGAAGGCGCCGCCCACCCCACCAAUUCUAGCGUCCGCGAUUUCGCUGGCGUCGCGAUCGGCGAGUUCGUCAAAUGGACGAUCAAACAGACGGGCGAAAAAUCGCUCGCCAACGAUCCCAAGCACGUCCGCGUCAUCGUCCGGAAGAUGAGGUUCUUCGCUUCGCAUCCGGACUACGCGAAGAAACGCGGCUCCACGGUCAUCUUCAACAACAUUUACCGCGAGUUGCGCGAUGAACGCGCGUUACUCGACGUGUUCGCCAUCGAAAUACUGCACUUGUUCGUCAACGGACUGGCUUCGAUGCGGGGGCGUCGCGACGACGAGUCCGACGAAGCGGCGGAAGCGAUUAACAAGACGCUGAGGCACGUGCGACGGAUAUUGACGGAACGGGCGGAUUUGUUCCGGAAAAUCGACGCCAAGCGUCGCGUGCCCCCAGACGUCGAACCGGGAAACCUCGUAGGCGUCUCCAAGUGGCUCCUGGUCCAGACGGCCAGUCCGAGCAAGUAUUGCGGAGACGCGAGCGUCGAUCUGUUCGUCCGAUUGGCGCCGCUGUGUGGCGUCACGCUUAGCGAGUUCGCGCAGACGCACGUACCCCACUUGGUGUCUUUGUACGACGGCCACGUGACCGAGGAGGCGUUCCCGCGUCUAGUCGACGGUUACGCCUUCGUGCUGAGUCACAACCUGACGAGCGUCGACGUCGACGCCCUAGUCGAACGAGCGGCUCGUUUCGUCGACCUUAGCAGCGAGAACAAACCGGCGUGUUGCGCGGCCAUUUUGAAAUUAAUCGACGCGUUGGUCAACCACGUCCCCGACAACGCGCUCUGGCGGCCGCAGCUGUGGACGCUCGUGCGUCGCGCCCUUUUCGAGCCCCACGCUUUGGGACUGGACGACACGCAGUACGUGCGGGUGGUUAUCGACUCGCUGGUGCGCAGAUUGCCCCGCCACCACUUGGAGGAGCUGGCGGCGGCGCUCCGCGCUGACGUAGACCUUCGCGUAGACCUCGGCGCCAACGCCAACUACGAACAACGACAACUGCUCAAGGGCCUGUUAAUUUUGAAGCCCCACGCGGCGUUCGGGCCUCCUUUGAGACUCGUAGAUUCGCUGAUGACCAAUUUCUACUCCCACCUGGAGGACGGCGUCGUGUUUCUGCCCGACCUCUCGGAAACCGCUAUAGAACUCUGUUCCCUAGCGCUAGACUACACUUUAUCCGAGCCCGAGGAGUUGAGGACGUUAGUGGAGCACCUGGCGAAGCCUUACGUGGUGAAGGCGCCCGACGCCGACGCCACCGCGUUCGGGGGUUACCUGGCGACGCGCUUCGGUGACGCCAUCCUCAAACACCUGUCGGAAGACGUGGAGAUCAUUUUUCGAGUCGGUGCCGGCGCCGACGUCCUGGUGGAACUCGCGUCUCGCGUGCUCAUCUACAUCGAAAGGGGCGGUGCCGGAGCUGCGCGCGCGCAGCGAGCUCUGCUGGACUACUGGCCCGCGUUUCGCGACUAUUUCGACCAAGGUCGCGCGGAGGCGGGGUUCGAAUACGUCAAAAAGCUCGCGGGGGCGUUCGGACGCAGCGACGAGGUGAGACGCCGCGUAUCCGACUGGCUCGAGGGCAAGUUAAAUACGGGUCAUUUCCUCGGCGUCGCGCUCGUCCUCGUCGACCUUUGCGAGGGGGCCGAGCCGGUCGAUUAUUUGACGCGCGCGCCCGUACCCCCCGAGGGGGCGGAGCUUCUGCUCGCGGCCCUGCCGUCGGUCAGGUCGGUGCCGAUCUUCGAGUUUAUCGUCCGCCUCUACGGUGCGAGCGAGAUCGACGCGAUUCCCGCGGAUCUGCUCAGGUGUUGCCUGAACAACAACCGCGAAUACGAGGCGCAGCUCCUGAACGCCACCCUCAAAGCGUGUCUGGACCCGUCCGACACUUUCCGGCAGCGCGUCAAGCUCUGCGACGGCGUGUUGGGCGUCGUCCUCAACCAUAGUUCGCGAGUGGCGUUCGAGUCGUUCGUCGCGGACAACGUGGAUCGCCUCGUCGACGAUUUGGAGGGCGGUACCUCGGAGGCGGGGCGUCGCAUCGCGUAUUUCCGGGUGGCGGAAGUACUCUUCUCCCGCAUCCCGAUGGCCGACGAGAAGAUUCGCCUCCGGCUGGUCACGCAGUGUUUGGCCGCCUUCAAAAGCCCCCGAAACGGUAGCAAAGAAGAGAGACGCAAAACGAUCUGCGCCGCGUAUAAAGCGCUCGCCUCCAUCGUGAGCAAUUCGAUAAAGUUGUCGAGUUUCUAUGAGAAACUGUUCGUCCGUGAGGAGGACGGCGUCGACAUCCUGUGGCGCUCCCUGGUGGACGUCGACGUCGAGUACGACUUCGCGACGGACUUCGCGUCGCUGCCGAAACAACGGAUGGAACUGGUCCACAUCCGGGACGGCCUGCGUCGCGACGGCGAGCGUCGCCUCGUCUACCUCGAGUCGCAGAAACUGUUCAACAGUUCGCUGAGCCAGGACGUCACCAAGUACGACUUUAACACCGCCGUUUUGAGGGGCGGAGUGGCGACCGACGACGUCGACAAUGGGCGGAGCGAGAUCGUCUUGGACGGUACCGAAGUGAACCGACACGAGUGCAUGGCCACCGUUUGCGGUCUAAUACGUCACGUGUUCGAAACCGGAGUAUACCGAUUGCCGGAUGAAGGCGAGACGCCUACGUUACCCAACUGGAUGGAGGGUGUGCGCUGUCUACUCCUCGACAAAAACACCCCUAGAAACGUGAAAAUCUUCUGGGCGAAGGUGAUCGACAACGUGGCGGACGUGUUCCGCCAUUUUGCGGCGCACUUCGUCGAGCCGCUCAUGAGGUUCGUGAUUGACAACGUGGCCGGUACGGGGAUGAACUACUUCGUCUCGGACGUGAUGGUGACGGUGGCGACGUGGUCGUCGCACCUAGGACCGUACGACGACAAGAGGGCGGAGCUUUGCUCGAGAAUGCUCGCGUUCGCGGUCGGCCAUUUAAAUAACGAGCGUCGCGACGUUUUCAAAUACCACGUGGAACUGAUCAAGCUGGUGGUGGAAAACUGGAAGGACCGCCUCCGUGGUCGAUGCCCUUCGUUGUCGGCCAGACUGGGAUGCGCGACGUGCGACAGGAAGGCGGAGAUCGGAAUCCAUCUGGCGUCCGUUUUCCUCGCUAACGGGCUUUGUCCCGACGCCGCCGAGCUUUGGGCGCAACUGACGCGUCUCCUAAACAGCGACCUAUCGUCAGUUUACAAACCGUGCGCGGAAACUUUGGGCCUGCUGUUGGAUUACGUCCGGAAGGAACUUCCGCAGCUGGAGGAGAGUUACCGCGACCAGCUGAGCCGGAUUUUGUUGAAGCCGGACCUGGACAUCAACAAGUACGCCUAUUGCGUCGAGGCCGUGGUCAUCCAUUACCCAGAGGUCGUGGACCGGUAUCACGCGAUGAAGAUUUUCAACCACCUCGGCCAAUCGAAUGACAAUUUGAAAGUGAUCCUCCUCAAGAUCGUGCUGAGGAACGUCGAGACGCUGCGCGACGUCCCUGAUUUCCGGGCGGAGAAAUGGUGCGCGCAUCUCGAAUGCGAGAACGUCUCCGUGCAGAUGGUCGCGCUCGAGAUCGUCGCGAGGGCGUUCCCGACUCUAGCGACCUCCGACGACGAGUUUCGGCAUAUUUUGCGCGCGCUCGCCGGUCACUCGUCCAAUCCCAACGUGUUGUGCCGCGCGCGCGCCUACGACGUCGCGACACUCGUGCUGAACCACAAUCCGGACUCGUCCGUCUGCCGGAAACUCCUGGUGCGCGGACUGGGCGAUCCGGACGAAGAAAUCCGCGCGAAAAUCCGAAAGUUUUGGAGCGAGAGUCGGCUAAUACCGUCAGGGAUACGGGAAAAGUUCCCGGCACUGCUGUCACUGUUCUAUUAUCCCGAUUGCGAGGACCGGUUCCUGAACGACGUCGUUUAUUUCCUGCUGGACUCCGUCGCGACGGACGGGACGCUGUUCGAGCAUCCGCUGGAGGACUGCGUCUACGAGCCGUACCACUUGGAGACGGACUGGAGGCUGCGACCGCCUUCGGCGGUGCCUCUUUUCGCCGAGACGUUCAGCGACGACCAUUGGCAUGCGUCGAGCGUCGGAGACCUACGUGCCACGCGGACUUCCUUCGCGUUCACGCCGACUACUACACUCCGGGAGCAGGAGAUCACGCAAAGGACCGGCUUGGAGAGCAGCCUGCUGAUCGGUGGGCGUGGCGACGACCCCUUCGUCGACCCCAACCGAGUGCGACUCUCGGGGGAUUACAGGCUCCCGAAACGUCGCUUCCUUAAAGACAAGGCAAAAAUCGCGGCGCACUACGCCCACGUGGAAGUGACGAAGAAAAUCGACAGGGCUGCAAAAAGGCGGGAAGGCGUCGUGGAGGCGGAGAAAAAGGUCACGAUCUACCGGAAGUACAGGAAGGGCGACUUUCCGGACAUACUCAUCACCCUCGACUCGCUUAUCGGGCCGUUAAAAAUGCUCACUUUGCACGACACCAAACUGUCGAAGGAGUUGUUCUCCGUCCUCUUCAGGGGCCUGUCCGUCCAUAUUGCGGACGAUCGCGACUCUUACGCUGACGCCAUUAAACGCAUCUUCACCGAAUCGGUCCAGUUCAACGCCCAUCUCUUCUCCGUCCUAUUCGACGUCCUGUUGGAACAAAAACGACUCGUACGAUUCGACUCCGACCUCGUUUCGAACAUCAGUCGCCAGAGCGGCCUCUUAUCCGUCGGCAGUUUCCUGCUGGAGGAAUACAUAGCGGACGGUGGGGACGUAGAACCCGGUCCGAGCAAAAGAAGUUUCCGACAAGACGAUCCAGAGACGCAACACUGGAUCAGACUGGCCGAACUCUACCGGGAGAUAGGCGAGUGGCCCUCGGUGCAGACGAUUUUUACGGAAAAAACUCUAUGCGGGGACACGGUGAAGAUGGCGAUCGCGAUGGAGUCGCGAGGAAUGUACAGGUCCGCGCAGGACCUGUACGAGCGGCUCCUGCGAGAGGACGACUCGCCGGAACGCAAGGACUUUUACUACGAGUCCCUGUUCAAGUGUAUGGCUCGGUUAGGGAGCUGGGAUAAGAUAGUCGGCGCCGUUCAGUCGAUGGCCGAUCCCGUUUGGCCCGCCCUCUGGGACGGCGACUGGCACCAGCAGAAAAUAAUGCCGUGGUUGGUGGAGGCGCAGGUGAAAAACAUCCAAUUUGGCGAAGGCGUCGGUUCAGGUCCUUUCGUGGCCGACAUCAACGCUUCGCUCUCCACGCCCGAUCAGGCCGCGUACCUGACCCAAAACUUCUCCAAGGAGCUAUCCCUCUUGUGGCUGAUCCACGGGGACGUCGUCCAAGCUUCGCAGUACUGCCGCACCGCCGUCGCUCACUUUUUAAACGAAUGGCAACUGGUCAAUCCCGCCUAUGCCGACGUUCGAUACGAAAAAUUGGUCCAGUUGAAGAGCAUAGUGGAGAUACGGAGAUUCGUCGAGCUCGCUUCCACGUGGGAGCAAGACACGCCGGAGAAGUUGCGUCGGUUCCUCGAUCUGUGCAAGCGAGACGGUCGGGAGUCUGCCCCCUGCGAGGAGACGCUCCUCAAUCGCAGACUCUUUAUACGUCUGCUCGAGCGCAAGAUGGAGGCGCUGCGGGAAUGGGAUACGGUUCGCGAACUCAAAACGACCAAGAUCCUGCUCGAUAUGGAGUUUAUGGAGGCGGCGGCGGCCGACGGGAAUUAUUUCAUGACCAGGAAGUACUUUAGGAAUUACGUCGGCGUCGCCCAUCGUCGCCUGUCCGCCAUCCUGACGCGUUUGACCUACCUGUACGCGGAGAACGUGCGGGACCCGAGCCUCAAGCUCGACAAGCUGCUGGAGGCGCUCGAGCGGAUCGGCCAAAUGACUGACGGCAACUGUAAAGAGAAACUACAAUCGGCUCUCGAUUUCUUCGACGUCAGCGGAACGGUGACGGAAGUCCUGAACGACCGUCCGGAUCUCUUCGAGCCGAACCGGAAGAGGAUUUCGGAGAUUUUCGACACGGUAGACGAGCCGCCGACAAAAAUCGCCGCCGAAAAACUCAAAUCGCUCGUGCUGGGAGCCGAAGUAGACCGAGACGAGUCAGACCCGGCCAUAAUUCGGAAAGCGCUCGUCAAACUCGCUUACUUCGCGAAGGACGACGAUCGACGUUCGGCCGAUUUCGUCAUAUUCGUUUCGAGGGCGAUGCGAUUCGGUUCCGACGAGGCCAGGCAAUUGUUUCCCUGCAUCCUGCUGAAGAACGGCCUCGACAGCGAACUGAGGGCGUCGUUCGAGGACGAAACGCGAGAGAUACCGACGUGGAUGUACUUGGCGUGGAUUCCCCAACUGUUGGCGGCGGGGACAUCGACCGUCGACGCCAUAUUAGAGAGGAUCGCCGAAACUUACCCCCAGGCUAUGAUGUACGCGUAUAGGCUGAGCCAGAAGAGGACGGAGCCUCUGGCGAGGCUGCUGUCGAGCGAGCCGUUGGUCGAUAGGUUCGUCGCCGCCCUUUCGAAGGUGAAAGUGCCACUCGUCUCCCUCGGGGAUUACCUCAAAAAGAUGUACCGCUGCUCCGAUCCUGACGAAAUUAUGAGUGCGAAGCGCGCAUUGGAAGAGGACAUGUUCGACGCGUGCGAUGGUUUGCGAGGACACGCCUACGAUUCCGUCAAACGCUUCAAAGCGCUCAUCGAGAGGAUCGCGUCGGCGAGCGAGCCGGAAGUGAGACGCAGUUUGCUGGCGGAAGUGGAUGCGAAGCGCCAAGAGCUGCUGACACAACGGGGCGGGACUUUCUCCGCCGCCCUCAAGGACUACUGCCCGUGGCUCGCCGCAUUUUCCGCGAGCCAAUCGGAUUUCGAGCUAGAGGUGCCCGGACAGUACAGCGGGGAAAAACCGCCAUUGGUCAAGCACCACGCUCGCAUAUCCAUGUUCAGACCCAACGUAGCGGUGAUGCGUUCGAUGCGCAGGCCCAUAAAGGUCACGAUGGUCGGUAUGGACGGUAAGGAGUACCCGUUCCUGGUCAAGUUCGGCGAGGACGUCAGGCAGGACCAAAGGAUCGAGCAGCUGCUGCGCCAGAUGAACGCGAUUUGCGCCAACGGUGGCCGAAAGACGCACCAAGUUGUAACCUACCAGGUGGUACCACUCAGCAAGCGUUUGGGCAUCAUUCAGUGGGUGGAGAACUGCCGACCGUUGGCCAGUUUCAUGCUCAAGCAGGGAAAGUUCGGUUCCGUGGCCACGAAGUAUGAGAAAUUCUUCGUCAAGGCGGAAAACGACAUCGAAUCCCACGGUCGUACGGCCAUGACGAAAGGCCGCGACAAGGUGGUGCCGUUUUUCGCCGGUUUAGUCGGCGAGAUCCCCUCUGACGUGCUAAAAAAGGCCCUCUGGGGCAUCAGUUUCACUACCGAGAACUUCAUAGCGUACCGCGACAACUUCGUCGAGAGUUACGCGGCAACUUCCGUGGCCCAGUGGCUUCUGGGUAUCGGCGACAGACACCUGGAGAAUUUCAUGGUGUGCACCGAUACCGGCAAAGUGGUGGGGAUCGAUUUCGGCCACGCCUUCGGUACCGCUACCCAGCUAUUGCCGAUUCCCGAAUUGGUUCCCAUCAGGCUAACCCCGCAUAUUUUGGCGCUGACGGAGCCGUUGAGAGAGAGAGGCCCGUUGAGGCACGUGAUGAUCGAGUGCCUGAAGUCGCUACGACAGAACCGGGCCGCCCUGCUGGCCACGAUGGAAGUGUUUGUGCAGGAACCUUCUGAGGAAUGGCUGGAGAACGCGCCCGACUACAAAACGAAAAAAGUCGAUCAAGUGCGCAGGAAACUCGGGGGGGCGUCGUCGGUCGACAUAUUGAUAGAAGACCUGGAGGCAAAUCGCUCCAACAGGUUCAACGAGGCGUACGCGGGGCUCGUCCGGGAGGUGGCCCCGGGCGGUUCGCCGAUGGGCGUCGAGGAACAAGUGGACGCACUGAUCAGACACGCCACCGAUUACAACCUGUUGGGCAGGAUGUGGCGGGGUUGGACUCCCUGGAUUUGAA